CCGCUCGCGGCCGCCAGUCGGCGCCGCCCGCAGCCGGGGGAACGCGGCCGGAGCGAGGCGCGGGCUGUGGGGCCGCCGCGUGCCCGGCCCCGCUCGCCCGUGCCCGCCGCCAGCCCGCCAUGCCCGGCUUCGACUACAAGUUCCUGGAGAAGCCCAAGCGGCGGCUGCUGUGCCCACUGUGCGGGAAGCCCAUGCGCGAGCCUGUGCAGGUGUCUACUUGCGGCCACCGCUUCUGCGACACCUGCCUGCAGGAGUUCCUCAGUGAAGGAGUCUUCAAAUGCCCCGAGGACCAGCUUCCUCUGGACUAUGCCAAGAUCUACCCAGACCCAGAGCUGGAGGUCCAAGUGUUAGGUUUGCCUAUCCGCUGCAUCCAUAGUGAGGAGGGCUGCCGCUGGAGCGGGCCGCUCCGCCACCUCCAGGGCCACUUGAACACUUGCAGCUUCAAUGUAGUCCCCUGCCCCAAUCGCUGCCCAGCUAAGCUGAGCCGGCGUGAUCUGCCUGCCCACUUGCAGCACGACUGCCCUAAGCGCCGCCUCAAGUGUGAAUUCUGUGGCUGUGACUUCAGUGGGGAGGCCUACGAGAGUCACGAGGGCAUGUGCCCCCAGGAGAGUGUAUACUGUGAGAACAAGUGUGGUGCCCGCAUGAUGAGGCGACUGUUGGCCCAGCAUGCCACUUCUGAGUGCCCCAAGCGCACCCAGCCUUGUGCCUACUGUACCAAGGAGUUUGUUUUUGACACCAUUCAGAGCCAUCAGUACCAGUGUCCACGGUUGCCAGUUCCUUGCCCGAACCAGUGUGGCGUGGGCACCGUGGCUCGGGAGGACCUGCCCAGCCACCUGAAGGAUAGCUGCAGCACUGCAUUGGUGCUCUGCCCUUUCAAGGAGUCCGGCUGUAAGCACAGGUGCCCUAAACUGGCAAUGGCACGUCACGUGGAGGAGAGCGUAAAGCCGCAUCUGGCUAUGAUGUGUGCCCUGGUGAGCCGGCAGCGGCAAGAGCUGCAGGAGCUGCGGAGAGAGCUGGAGGAGCUGUCCAUAGGCAGUGAUGGCGUGCUCAUCUGGAAGAUCGGCAGCUACGGGCGCCGUCUCCAAGAGGCCAAGGCCAAGCCUAACCUGGAGUGCUUCAGCCCGGCCUUUUACACACAUAAGUACGGUUACAAGCUGCAGGUGUCUGCAUUCCUCAAUGGCAACGGCAGCGGUGAGGGCACGCAUCUCUCCAUCUAUAUUCGUGUGUUACCAGGCGCCUUUGACAAUCUCCUUGAGUGGCCCUUUGCCCGUCGGGUCACCUUCUCCCUGUUGGAUCAGAGCGACCCAGGUCUGGCCAAGCCACAGCAUGUCACUGAGACCUUCCACCCUGAUCCAAACUGGAAAAACUUCCAAAAGCCCGGCACUUGGCGAGGCUCCCUGGAUGAGAGUUCUCUGGGCUUUGGCUACCCUAAAUUCAUCUCCCACCAGGACAUCCGAAAGCGAAAUUAUGUGCGGGAUGAUGCAGUCUUCAUCCGUGCCUCUGUCGAACUGCCCCGGAAGAUCCUCAGCUGAGAGUACAGCCUUCUGGGUCUAAGCAGGAAGGGGGGUGGGACAGGAUCUCAGCCACUGGCGGAAACGGAACAGGGGGCCGGACCCCCUCUCAGCUUCUUUUGCCUAGGUUGUUAGCCCACCACUUUCUCCUCACCACCACCACCCUUACCCCUCAGGUGCCUCCAAUUGGUGCUUCAGCCCUGGCCCCUGGGGGGAGCAGGUCUCGGGGUUAUCAAGGGCUGGAAACAAGUGAUCCCAGGGCCUGUCUCCCCUCCUGGGCAGGGCAGACAUGCCUUGGUGCCAGCCACAUUCUACCUGGACUGAGGGGCCUGCUCAGGUGCUAUGUCCCAAGAGCUAUGUCCCAAGAGCCAUAGUGGGGGUAGGGGGUAUUGGAAAAGGGAGGGGUAGUCAUAAGAAUCUGCCUUGAGAUGAAUUUCUCUUUCCACUUACCCAAUGUCGCCCUCUCUGGUUAUUUAUUUCUUCAGUGCUAGGAGGGCACAGCAGGGGAACUCUGAUUUUUAAUAAAUCCUGGAUUGUAUUUAUUAACUUGAUUCCAGCCUGUCUCCUCCCAGUUGGCUAGGGUUCUGGGAGGCUGGGCUCCACAUGGAAGGGGAAACUGCUGCUCUGUUUGCAGCUGGACCUCUGGUGGACAACAUGGGAAUUGGCAGCGAGCGUUCUGUGGGCAUGCUACCUGCAGCCGCCCUCUGGUGGUUCAAUGGGUGGAUGCACGGACGGCUUCUAAGGCUGGCGUUUCUAGUCACUACCUCACCAAAGACAAGCGUUCUGCUUAGGCAGGUGUGUCUUUCCCAGUAAUCACCAUGUGUAUACACAUGUGCAGGCCAAAGGUCCAUGUCCAGUGUCUUACUCAGUUACUUGCCACCUCUUUGAGUCAGGAUCAAGCCUCAGCGCUCUGAUUUCACAAGACUAGUUGGCCAGUGAGCUCCAAAGAUCUUGACUGACCCAGCACUAGGGUGUUAAAAGUGUGAGUAGUUGUGUCCAGUUCUUUUACAUAGGUGCUGGGAACACAAACUCAAGUUCUUGUAUUUGUGUAAGUACUUCCACCAAGGAAACCAUCUUUUUGUUUUCUGUUUUGUUUGAAACCAGGUUUCUCUGUGUAGUCCUAGCUGUCCUGGAACUUCCUGUAGAUGAGACCCAUCUGCCUCUGCCUUCCAAGUGCUGGGAUUAAAGGCACACACAACUACUGCGUGGCUUUCUGGGGCCUUUCUUGUGCUUUUUUUUUUUUUUUUUGGAUUUUCAAGACAGGGUUUCUCCAUAGCUUUUGGUUCCUGUCCUGGAACUAGCUCUUGUAGACCAGGCCGGCCUCGAACUCACAGAGAUCCGCCUGCCUCUGCCUCCUGAGUGCUGGGAUUAAAGGCGUGUGCCACCACCCAACUUUUCUUGUGCUUGAGAGUCAAGUGAAACAGCUUUUACCGUGAGAAUAAAUGGGCCUUCAUGAAGAGUUAAUGAGGCUGCAUGUGCCCGACGUAAGAACUUAAUGUCAGUCUAUUCCAGGAGCAACAAGGGCCUCCAAGACGGACCAAGCACCUGAAUUUUACCUGUGAUCUCAUUUGCUUUUUGCACAGUUUGGAAUGGUUGCUGCCACCUAUAUACAUUUCACUGGUCAAC